GUAAGGGCGCGCGCGCACAUACACACAGACACACACACACACGUACAAACACGCAUAAGCAUUAUAUUCCGAUUGAGUGUCGAUAACUGAGUGGGGGGCGGGGGCACAGAGGGUGGAAAUGGUGUGCGCAAUCGCCCCGUAAUCGAGUGAUAACGCGUUACCGCUGCCGCCGCAUGGACCAGUUGAAGAGAUUCGCGUUUUCGUCGCCCGCUCUGCUGCUGCUGCUGCUCCUGCUGCACGCCGCGGCCGCGCCGUUCCCUGUUCGGCACAGACCCGUAUAGUACACGCAGACCGUUCUGUCGCCGUCGCGCCCUCAACCACAACGCACCGCCGCCGACGCACUGUAUAGCUGCUGUUCCGGGCCGCCGCCGAUGGACUCGCGAGCGUCUUCGCUGUCGCCGGUGAUCGACCCGGACGACUCGAGAUCGCCUCCCGGAUCACCUGUACCGCCGCCGCAGCAGCCGAUGACGCUCCUGCAGUCCCGCCAAACCGCCGUCGGACACGUUCGCGGCCACAGCAACAACAACAACAACAACAACAACAAUAACAAUCACAACGUUAACAACAACAACAUCGAUGACGACGACGACGACGACGACGGCGGAGAUCGACAAUCGUCCGGCGCGACCGCGAAAUCGCCGCAUGCACGCGCGCCGCCCUCGCCGUCGGACCAUCACCGGGCGCUGAUCGCCGGAAUCACUGCCGCCGCAGCCGCAGCCGCCGCAGAUUUCAAAGAUCCUAAAGAAGACAGUGUAGAAGAUUACCGUCAAACAUUCGAUGGUUCAAAAAACAGUAACAAUAAGCAGUUAAAUGGUCCGUCCAAUAAGCAGAGACGAAGUAGGACCAACUUCACUCUAGAACAGCUCAACGAACUCGAAAGACUUUUUGAUGAAACUCACUACCCCGAUGCAUUUAUGAGAGAAGAGCUUAGUCAGCGUCUUGGUCUCAGUGAAGCAAGAGUACAAGUAUGGUUUCAAAACAGACGGGCCAAAUGCCGAAAACACGAAAGUCAAAUGCAUAAAGGCCUGAUGAUGCACCAAAACGUGUCUACGCCUCUAGAGCCGUGUCGAGUGGCACCGUACGUGAACGUGCCGAGACUACCGCAGUUGCAAUUCAACUCCUCAGCUGCAGCUGCAGCCGCGUUUUCCGCGUUCGAUCCGGCCAUCUUGACGGCCGCACAACAGUUGCAUUAUGCGGUGGCCAUGGGAAGAGGCGUUCUGUGCCCUGCGCCAUAUCCUCCGAGUGGUCUGAGUCUAGCUGCUCUUGCGGCAUUGCAUCAAGAUAGACUGUUAACCAAAAAUUCCAGUAUAGCCGACUUGCGGUUAAAAGCUAAAAAACACGCUGAAGCCAUUAGUAGAGAUCAGGAGAUUGUUUAACAUUAGGCAUGUCUUUUUUUUUCAUUGUUUUUCAUUUAUAUAUAUUUAUAUAUUAUACUGUCGACAUUUUUUACAAUACUUUCAUACUACUUCGAGACAUCAUAUUACAGCAUGCACGCUCGGUGAAAAAGGUGACAUAAUUCAAAAAAAUACAAAUCAUAUAAGUCAAUUAUGUUACUAUAAUAAAUACGUAUGGAUGCUUUAUUACUUUUAGACGAAUUCAUAAAGUCAUCGCGUCAAAAACAAUAUUACAGUAAUAUUUAAUGACAAAUGUGCACUUGGCGGAAAGUACCGUCGAUCAAGAAAAAUGACUCAUUUUCAGUUGUGACCGCUUUUAUGUAAUCAUUUUUUGCUUUAAAAGUAGCAUAAGUAUUACUUGAGGAGUUACAAUAGCAAGCAUUGGUUUUAUAAUUGUGAAAGAAAAAUUAAAUGAUAAUUAUUGAGAGUCCUAUCAACUUUCUUGUUAGUGUUUUUUCUAGCUAAGUUGCACAUCUUAAUAUUUAAUCAAAUCUGAUUUAUAGAUCCAAAAUAUUAUUCUAUAGAAUAUUAUAGAAUUUACUGCCAAAAUUACUUAUCUGAAACUUAUAAUAAACUCUAACUUCAUGCUAUUUCCAUAUAAGUUUUAUAGUGUUUUUUUUUUUUUUUUAAUUUUGUCACCUUUCUCGCUGAGUUUUGAGAUUUAUAUGAUAUUAUAGGUACUGUAGCAUGAAUUAAAAAUAUUUAGAUUUACAAUCACAGAUUGAAAUUUAAACGUUAUGGUUCCAUAUAAAUUGCGAGUAUGAGUAGAACCUGUAGUAUGAGUAUGAGGUACCUAUCUGCAAAUGCCUAAUAAUAAUUAAUAAUAUUUUUGGUUCUCGUCAUCUUAUAUCUUAUAUUAUAAGUACAAUGAUAUAGUCAUUAAAAAAUAGUAUACGCUUUAUAAUAAUGAAAAUUGAUCACCUUUUGACCUCCCGAUAUACUUGACGAUAAUAAUAACUUUA